CGGCUAAUAAGAAAUUCUUUUGGACCGAGUCGCUCUGCCAAUUCACCCAAUCGGAAUUUUAAAACCAGCAGCAGCGCUGUUAGAGGCAGUGAGAGCAAACUUAAUUACAGUAAAUAACAAAAGGCAAAGUUUACUAUAUACAUAUAGAAAUUCGCAAAAAGUGUUUUUUUUUUGUAAUGAAAUAUACAUAACAAAUUGUACUUUAUAAAUUCAUGCAAAAGAAUUUCAAUAAGAGUGUGUGAAAGUGUUGUACGUGCUGCAUUAUACAAAUGAAGAAUUCCAGUGCAUCGUGCCGAAAAAUCAAUUCUGAAAGCACUAAAAAGGCGCAGCGCUAGCUAGAAGCAGUAGCGGUGACGGCGACUGUGACUGCAAAGUAAAAGCAACUUGCUGUGUUUAUAUGUAAACCAGAGGGGUGGUGGCAGAGGCAGUAGCAGCAACAGCAGCAAAGCUAAAGAAGACAUCGAAACAUUGGCACCCACGUAGAAGGCAGCAGGCAGCAGGGAGCAGGCAGCACGCAGUAUCAGAAAAUCACUUGCAUGGAAUUAAUAAGUGUCUAGUGUGGCGGCGGCAGGCGUAUAAACACGUUAACUUGUGUAAAAAUAACCAAGCAAGAGUAGCGUGUGGGUGCGUUGGUUCGUCGGUGUGCAGAGUGCGUAAAUCAGUUGUUCAGUUAAAUCAGUUGUAAAAGCUAAACGAGUAGGGGUUGUAGGUGCGUCAAGAGCGCACACUUAUAAAUUUGUGCAGUUGUUCACUAGUUGCAAGACUGGUGUCGAUGUUUGUGUUGCAGAUGUUAUACGGAAAGGUGUUGAGGGAAAGUGUGUGAAAUUCGGAAAAAUCAGGCAGGUUGUUGUCUAGUCACAUAUGCAGGCACGAGCUGUAGUGUAAGCAACGUACCAACGUAGUCAAAGCGAGACGCAAAUCCAGUCCGGUCUGUACGUGGCGCUGUGCCAAAACCGUCUUUCAAGGUCGUCGGCAUUAAAGUGGACAAUAACCACAUCAGACGCAAGCAAGAGGCGACGUCGACUCGUAGUCAAGAGGCAAAGUUAUUUGAACGGGAAGUCAACGCCGGAAGUGCUGCAGUUUGCGGUGACGGUUAAAUUAUAAUCCGUAAUAUGGCCAUUAGCUUCGAGAAACAUCGCGCACAAAUCGUAGCAGCCUGGAAAGAUGUUUUGGAUGAUAAGAGCAGCACAAAUUGGUCACUUUAUGGCUACGAAGGUCAAACGAAUGAACUGAAGGUCGUGGGCAGUGGAGAGGGUGGGCUGGAAGAGCUAUGCGAGGAUCUGAAUAGCGGUAAAAUUAUGUACGCCUUUGUGCGAAUCGAAGAUCCGAAGACGGGAUUGAAAAAGUUUCUACUCAUCAAUUGGCAGGGGGAAGGUGCUCCAGUGUUACGCAAAGGCACUUGUGCCAAUCACAUACACGACGUCGCGAAGUUAAUAUCCGGCGCUCAUUUGACAAUAAAUGCCCGCAAUGAGGACGAUAUCGAUUUGGAGCGCUUGGUGAAGAAACUAAGCGCCGUCAGCUCUACGUAUAGCUUUAAGGAGCCACGCGGCGUGCAAGAUGAGCAGAAGACACCGGUAGGCACAAAUUACACGCGAGUCAUACCCACGAAGGAGCUGAAUCCGAGCGUGAUGCAGGACUUUUGGAAGAAGGAAGAGGAAGAGGAGAAACGACGUAUUGCCGCCGAGAAGGAAACGAAGCGACAACAGCUGCUUAAACUCGAACAGGAGCAGCGCGCACGCGAGGAGAAGGAGCAUUUGGAACGCGAAAAGAAAGUGAUUAGCGUGUCCAAACUGCAGCCCGCGCACGUACCGAUUAAGACCUCUCCACAGCCACUUAGUCCUGAGAAAACUGUCGCCAGCAAUUUCUCCGCCGGCCUGACUGAAGCAGAACGUAUGCGCCAGCAGCGCAAUCAAGAAGCGCGUGAGCUGAUUGGUUCGCGUGUCAUUGCAGCCAAAGCAAUUUUUACCCAAAAUACCAGUCAAGGCCAGUUGCAAACAAAAUUAAACACCGCACCACCUGCCAAACCUGCGCGCACAUCCAUAGCGCAACGUAUUAAUGCCUUUAAUCAGCCACAGCCAAGCGAACCGGAACCACGCAAACCCUCACCUACACCCGGUCGAGUCGCGCUUUCGAAAUUCGAGGAUAUUUCCUUCACCAAUAAUGGCAAUCAACAGCAACAGCAGUCACCAGUUGUGCAUACCAUUACACAACGUGCGCCUUCGCCGGCCACAGUCACUGUGCCCACACACACACUGACUCCAACGCAAAUUAUUGAACCUUUUGCAGCAGCCGCGGUGGCACCUGCGUUGGCGACAAAUGCACUGGAGGAGGAGGUGGAGCAACCGGUCAAGCCGGAAAUCACCGCCAUUGCCAAUAAUGAUGAUGUGCCCUCGGCCGCCGAUGAUUACGCUGCCGAAAAUGAAGAACAAUAUUCCACCAUAAAACGCUCGCCACAUAGCAAAUCGAAUUCACUACAAUCGCCAGAGACUUCAUCUUCGAAUGCGACCGAUACGGCCGUGUAUCAGGAUCAAGAUGAUGAAGGCGAGGAGUUGGAAGAGGAGGAGGUGGUACGCACAAAGGUGUCGGUAACGGUGCAACAACCGCAGUCGGUCAAGAAUGGUAUUAGCAGCGCGUUGGAUAGAAAUGAUUUGACUGAUUUGGUCAAUGAAGAUGACUUCAUUUGUCAGGAGUCACUGGGUGAUGUAGGACUGAAAGCAAGAGCUUUAUAUGACUAUCAAGCAGCCGACGAAUCAGAGAUUACUUUCGAUCCGGGCGACAUCAUUACGCAUAUCGAUCAAAUCGAUGAAGGCUGGUGGCAAGGGCUCGGACCCGAUGGAACUUAUGGACUGUUUCCGGCAAAUUAUGUCGAAAUUCUUAACUAAACAAACGAGGGAAUUAAUUAUAUACAAACAAUUGCGCAAGAAACAAAAAAAAAAGACAAAAUUGAUUGAUGAACAUUUUAAAUAAAUUUCUUAAACUUUUACAAAUGCAAAUUAAUGCAAGAAAAAAAAACAAACACAAACACACACAGCAAAUUUAAAAACAAAAUAAUUGAAAUUUAGCAUCUAUAAUCACAAUUGCCGACCCUUAGAGCAAUCACACCCAUACCAUAUUAAAAGAAAUCCGAAGCACAGCACAACUGAUGAAGCGAAAUCCGAGAGGGAUUAGAAACUCCUAAUACUACUGAAGCAAUUGAAUUCUUAUGCAUUUUUAUAGCAACGUACAUACAUAUAUGUACACAUGAUGAGCGGCGACUAUUGACUGCAACCAAAAGUGAAAAAUAAAAAUUGAAAACAAAAAUAAAAACAAGAAUCAUUGGCUGCGCUACACUGCAAACACGCGAUUUAUGCAAAUUAAAAGUAAAUGAUGAGAUUAAAUCGACAUUUUUCAAAACGUAUAAACUUUUACGCACUCACACACACAAUUUUUGAUGCAUUUUUAAAAAAAAAAUUCUAUACUAAAACUAAAAAUAUAUUAAAAAUUUAAAUAAAACCAAUUGUUAGCCUAGCAAAGAAAAACAAUCCAAGAAUCAAUUACAACCAAGUAUUUGCGUAAAUUUAUAAUUUUUUCGAACUGAAAAAUUUAAGAAGCAAAAAAACAAAAAAAACCAAAACAAAGAAGAAAAUCAAUACUAUUAGUGCCAAGCUGUAAAGAAACCACAUACUCACAUAAAUACAUACAUACAUUCAACGUAAAUGAUUGCGUUCAGUAAACGAGAUUAUAACAGUAAAAUCUUAUGUAAAAAAUACUACGUUAUAUAUA